AUGUCUACUUCAGCACUCUCUAAGCGCUCUUGCGAUCGAUGCCACGCCAUCAAAGAACGAUGUCGCCGACCCCGGGCCACAGAGUCCUGUGAGCGAUGCUUCCGUCUCGGGCAUGUCUGCCGCAAUCAGCGCCCAGCAAAGAAGCCAGGUCGCAGACCACAGCUCCAAAGCCCCACGCCUCGCUCUGACUCUUCCUCAGAAACGAUGCCGCUAGAGCUUGAUACUUGGUCCGAGUGGCAGGGUUUCUCCUCUGAUGAGUCGGGUCUUGUCCGCCAGAUGGUACUGAGCGAAGACUGCCUUGCGAGCUUCACCAUAGGGCCCAGCUUCGCCGACCCGCAACGUCGAGUCAUCGUAUCAUCUUGCUUCACGUCAGCUCCUAUCGUCAAAGACUCAAUGGUCGCCGUCGCUGCUUCGUGGCUUGGUGAUUCGCGACAUAUUGCUACAACUUAUUGCAGGGCAUCAUCCGCCAUGUCGAUUCUGCGCUCGCUUGAGAUUCGGGACACCAACGAUGUUGCUGAUUGUCUUGUCCUUGGCGCCAUGCUGUUGACGUUUGCUUUUAAACUGCGUCCUGGCGACGCCUUUCCCAUUGCUCGAAGAACUCUUAGCCUUGUCAAGCCGAGAUAUGACACUUUACAGCAGGACGAUCCAGAAAGGCAGGUGUUUCUUUCAUGCCUAGUCACGACGGAACUGCUUGACUGUCUUCUGCAGUGCCAGGUCCCAACCCUUCGCUUCAGGCCCAUAUCAUUACCGGGACAUGUCGAUCGAUUUGUUGGUUUAUGCACUCACUUGUUACCCUUGCUCUAUGAUCUCUGUGAGAUCAACCAAGCCUUUUCUCACGCCGAACAUGAUGAUAUGGAGGGAAUAUAUGCCACUCUUGACCAUUUGGAACGGAAGUUUGCUGACUGGCAGUCUGAAAUGGAGCCAGGGUUCUUGACCUCCUUCACUGGUGGUGAGAUAGCUCACAUGCUGUGUCAAGUCCAAGUAUUCCGACAAAUGGCCUUCCUCAUCAUUCAUCGCAUGCGAUAUCCAUUCAACGUCAACGACGGACCUGCUCAGGUUAUGUCGAGGACAAUUCUUGAUAACCUGCAGCUGACCCAAGCAAUGACCCAGAAAGCAGUGCGUUGCGUGGGUCUUGCAUUCGUUGUAGCUUGUUUUGAGCUGCAGGGCCCGGCUGCGAGAGAGCAUUGGCUACCGAAAUGUAAUACUCUCGUUGGCUACUCUGUGGAUCACAGAAAACGCCUGGAGAAUAUUGUCAAGUCCCUAUGGGCUGCACGAGACGGGGGGGGAUGCAUUUACUCGUUUAAUCUUACUCAGGCAAUACGACCUACGUCGUAGUAUGGUUAUGCCAGUCAAUUAUGUGGUAUGGGAUUAUGCUCUCAAGAACAACUAACUUUUUCUGCUCCUGUAUAGUGAGUCUAAAAGGUGUCCUUUGUAUCUUAGUCCACAACUGCACUGCCCUAUCUGAACUCCAUCUAAUUCGAAGCACUAGCUUCUCCAG